AUGGGCAAGGCUGGUGAUGGUAAGAAUGUCUCAGUACCUUACAAGGGCGGUUUAAUAGAAAAAUCGAUGCAGCAAUUUGAAAUAGGAUCCGAUAAAGACCUAAAUGGUCAGAAAGGUGUGAAACUAUACAAUCAAGUUGCGCCUAUUACAUUGGGACAAAGAAAGAACAAUAAAGCAGCCAGUGCGGGUAGAAAAAAGGAGUUCAACGAGCAAGAGAAGACUGCACUACUUCAACGUAUUAUAAGGAAUGAUCAGACGCAAAUAAACCCUUCAGGGCUUCGAGAAUUUGUUUUAGGCUGUUUUCAGUUGGCGGAGCAACGGAAGAUGGACGUUUCUUCGCAAACAAAAGUUCUUCAGGAGCUUAAAGAUAUUAUAGGAAAGGCCUACGCCGAAGAAAAAGCAUUUAAAAAUGACUGGUGGUCUCAAACUAUCCCUUCGUUGUCGAAGAAAUCGUCCAGGCUUGAGCUUCUCUGUGAUGUUGGUAAUGACAGGCAUAUUAGUUCGGGAAAUUUCACUCCAAAUGACUUGAAAUCACUGGCCCCUCCUCCACCCCCUCCUGUAGAUAUGCCUCAUAUACCUCCCCCUCCUCCAGCUAUGUCCUCGAGCAUGAAUUAUAUCCCUACAAAUUCACUUCGGCCUACGCAGAGGGGUAUAUUACUGCCAGAAGUUGGCCAUCCUAAAGGACGUCAGAAUCUCAAAGGAAGUAAAGUCAGCAGUGAGGAGGCAGAAAGGCGGCGAAAAAGGAUGGAAAGAUUUUCAGACGUGAACUCCGCUUCUAAGAAACUUAAAUCUGCGACCGACGAGAAUUAUGCUAAUCUCAAUGCGAUAUCAACCAACUAUUAUAAAUUCGACAAAAAUAAACCAGUCGUGGGUCGUUGCCAUGUACUCGAAAAAAAAUACCUGAGGUUAACUUCUGAACCAAAUCCGGAUCUGGUGAGACCACUUAAUAUACUAAAGAAAGCUUUUGACAUGGUUCUAGAAAAGUAUGAGAAAGAAGAGGCAACUUAUCAAUAUUUAUGUGACCAAUUCAAGUCCAUAAGACAAGAUUUGAGAGUUCAAAUUAUUGAAAACCGCUUCACACUCAAAGUCUUUCAAACUCAUGCUCGAAUAGCCCUUGAAAAUGGUGAUAUUGGAGAAUUCAAUCAGUGCCAAAGUAGGUUGAAGCAACUAUUUGAGGUGCCAACAAUCAAGAAGUCUAACCUGGAAGAGUUUGUGAGUUAUAGGAUUCUAUACUACUUGAUGAUGAACAAUCAUGAUUCAAUCAAUGAACUGAAAUUGAAGUACAUGGCCCCUGAGAACAUGAGCGUAUAUAAACAUCCUGUUGUCCAACAUUCUUUGAAAAUGGCGCAUGCGUUACUCGUCGGUAACUACCAUGUUUUUUUCAAACUUUAUGACGACACUAAUGGGCCCACGAGAUGCCUUUUAGACGCAUUCAUAGAGCGUGAAAGGUUAAGGGCGCUCAAUACGAUCUGCAGGAGUUAUAAUCAACUUUCUCUUGGCUUUCUCUUCAAAGAACUUCACUUUCCAAAGCUUGAAGACGGUAUUAGCUUUCUGCGACGGUUCGAUUUGAAAAAGUACAUCGUUGUGAAAAGUCAAAAAGAGCCAGAUGACCAUGCAUACUUAGAUACCAAGUCCGGAAGACAUCAAAUUGUUCAACAGUUUGAAAAAUCUAGAAAAGUGGAUAUCAAGGGGCAAAUAUAA